UUGCGUGCCGGUAGUCGUUUUCUCCUCCCGUAUUUGAAUCCGAUCAAGCACACUUAUCCAUCAUAUGGUGGUGUUUGUCGCGUACAGAAUUUACCAAUUGCACUGUUCACUUCCGUAACAGGAACACUAGUGCUUCAUCGACGCACUGCAGCGGCCUGGAAAGAUAUGGCUCUUUUGUGCACAAGUCACUUCCGUCCGGAGGCCGUAUAUUCGUCCUAUUUCGGUGGAAGUGAGAAGCACCGAAAACCGAUCUCAUUCGAUCCGUAUGUGCCCUACACGGAUCAACCUUUAGAACCCCAAUCACCCUUAUAUCAACGAGUGAAAUUGGAAAAGAGUCCGCACAGUCGAGCCUCUCUGUCGGCGACUUAUCGAUCCAAUCCGAAGUCCACGCGAGCAGUGUGGACAAAAGACGGUGGUCGACUGCCUCUGGGUUUUCCAACUCCCACUCCUUACGUGUUGACCUUCCCGGAAUCGAUCCAAAGCUCCUUUUCCGGUGUCUACGUUCUGACCGUAACGGAUGGCUCUUCACAACUAGAGUUCCGGUACGAUGUGGAUGUAGUUGGACCGCCUGAGGUAAUCCGUUCCUCCCCGUCGCUUCUGCUCGUCAUGGAGGGCAAAAGUGCCGAGCUCGAAUGUGAGAUCGAUCUGUAUCGGACUUUGGUACGUCUGUCAUCAUGUCCAUCCCGUGUCCCGUUUUUAUCAAGUACCUUGUCACGUCGUGUUAUUGGUUUCCAGUGUAUGUGA